GCGCGCUUUUCCCCGCCUUCAUUAUUUCAUUACGAGGGUUUGCUCUCCAACAAGGUAACAACCCACACCUCCAUUUUACAUGCAAUCUCUAAUACUUUGAUCUUGCAAUCUCCAUCUUUUCCUUCUCGUCAUCUCACAAGCAAGAUGAGUCAACCUCAAAAUUCUCGUAGUAGCAAUACUACUAGAAACUUGUCAAGAUGGUUGAGGAUCGUGCACUCAUUAUGGCCAUGACUGAUCUAUUGGAUAUUGGUGGUUGGAAAGCAGAUAAUGGUCAAUUCAAGAGUGGUGCUUAUGCUAAGUUAGAAGCUAUAAUGUUACAAAAAUUUCCUGGGUGUGAGAAAAAAGCCAAGCCUCAUAUUGAAUCAAGAGUAAAGCAUCUUAGGAAACAAUAUGAUGCUAUAACAGAAAUGCUCAAGCCAAGUGCUAGUGGUUUUGGGUGGAAUGAUGAAUAAAAACUUUGUUACAUGCCCCCAAGCAGUAUGGGAUGAAUGGAUCAAGAGCCAUAAAAAUGCAGCAGGGUUAAGGAACAAGCCUUUUCCAUUUUGGGGCAAAGACAGAGCUGUUGGUAAUGAAUCUAGAACUGUGUACGAUGUUCUACAAGAAAUGGAGGAUGGAGCAAGAGUUGGAGAAGAACACCAAGUUCCUGAUCUGAAUGCAGAGGAGAGUAAUUCACCUACUCAAUGUGAUCCAAUUAGACCUCCAUCAUCAACACCACAAUCAAAAACUCCUUCAAGUAGUCGAACAAAGAGAGCAAGGACAGAAACAAUUGAAGCUUUAAAAGAAUUUUCUACCAAGAUUGGGAAAAUUAGUGAAGUCAUGGAAGCCGCUACGGAACACAUUGGACGACUUGCUAAUUGCUUUCAACAUGAAUCUGAUUCGGCUGAUAGAAGGAUAAAACUAAUUACUGAGAUAUGGAAGGCUUAUCUCCUAGUGAGGUACUUUUGGCAUUAAAGAAAUUUGCUCUUAAUCCUCUUGAGGUUGACUUCUUUUUCAGCCUACCAGAAAACUUUAAAUAUGCUUAUGUCCAAGGACUUCUACUUCCGGACAAGUGAUAUAUUGAUGUGAGCAAAAUAUAAGAUUUUUUUCGGGCUUUGUUGGAAUUGCUGGUGAUAGGAAAUUGCUAUGUUUUGUUUUGGCUAAUUUAUGAAUGGCUUGAUGUAAUUUUUUGGACAAGGAUGAGAUUGAGCUGGAUUUGUAGCUCUGGUAGUAUAACAUUUGGCUAAUAUAUUAGCAGGUUUUUGUUGA